GGGCUCAGGCUCGGCUCUCAGCUCCACUCUGCCUUCUGCUCCGCUCUCACUUGCUGCCCAAGGCUCCUGCUCCUGCCCCAGGACUCUGAGGUGGGCCCUAAAACCCAGCGCUCUCUAAAGAAAAGCCUUGCCAGCCCCUACUCCCGGCCCCCAACCCCAGCAGGUCGCUGCGCCGCCAGGGGGCGCUGUGUGAGCGCCCUAUCCUGGCCACCCGGCGCCCCCUCCCACGGCCCAGGCGGGAGCGGGGCGCCGGGGGCCAUGCGGGGCCAAGGCAGAAAGGAGAGUUUGUCCGAAUCCCGAGAUCUGGACGGCUCCUAUGACCAGCUUACGGGCCACCCUCCAGGGCCCAGUAAAAAAGCCCUGAAGCAGCGUUUCCUCAAGCUGCUGCCGUGCUGCGGGCCCCAAGCCCUGCCCUCAGUCAGUGAAAUCGGCCUUGUCUUCUGCUGCCGCCUUCUCGGUGACAAUUCGCUCCCUUCAGCAUUAGCUGCCCCAGCCUCCCUCCGCCCCCACAGACCCCGCCCGCUGGACCCAGACAGCGUAGAGGAUGAGUUUGAAUUAUCCACGGUGUGUCACCGGCCUGAGGGCCUGGAACAACUCCAGGAACAGACCAAGUUCACACGCAGAGAGCUGCAGGUCCUGUACCGAGGCUUCAAGAACGAAUGCCCCAGCGGGAUUGUCAACGAGGAGAACUUCAAGCAGAUUUAUUCUCAGUUCUUUCCCCAAGGAGAUUCCAGCAACUAUGCUACUUUUCUCUUCAAUGCCUUUGACACCAACCACGAUGGCUCUGUCAGUUUUGAGGACUUUGUGGCUGGUUUGUCGGUGAUUCUUCGGGGGACCAUAGAUGAUAGACUGAGCUGGGCCUUCAACUUAUAUGACCUCAACAAGGAUGGCUGUAUCACAAAGGAGGAAAUGCUUGACAUUAUGAAGUCCAUCUAUGACAUGAUGGGCAAGUACACAUACCCUGCCCUCCGGGAGGAGGCCCCAAGAGAACACGUGGAGAGCUUCUUCCAGAAGAUGGACAGGAACAAGGAUGGCGUGGUGACCAUCGAGGAAUUCAUCGAGUCUUGUCAACAGGACGAGAACAUCAUGAGGUCCAUGCAGCUCUUUGAUAAUGUCAUCUAGCUCCCCAGGGAGAGGGGUUAGUGUGUCCUAGGGUGACCAGGCUGUAGUCCUAGUCCAGACGAACCUAACCCUCUCUCUCUAGGCCUGUCCUCAUCUUACCUGUACCCUGGGGGCUGUAGGGAUUCAAUAUCCUGGGGCUUCAGUAGUCCAGAUCCCUGAGCUAAGUCACAAAAGUAGGCAAGAGUAGGCAAGCUAAAUCUGGGGGCUUCCCAACCCCCGACAGCUCUCACCCCUUCUCGACUGAUACCUAGUGCUGAGGACACCCCUGGUGUAGGGACCAAGUGGUUCUCCACCUCCUAGUCCCUCUCUAGAAACCACAUUAGACAGAAUGUCUCCUGCUAUGGUGCUUUCCCCAUCCCUGAUCUCUUAGAUUUUCCUCAAGACUCCCUUAUCAGAGAACACGCUCUGUCCAUGUCCCCAGCUGGCUUCUCAGCCUAGCCUUUGAGGGCCCUGUGGGAGGGGGGGACAAGAAAGCAGAAAAAUCUUGGCCCCGAGCCAGUGGUUAGGUCCUAGGAAUUGGCUGGAGUGGAGGCCAGAAAGCCUGGGCAGAUGAUGAGAGCCCAGCUGGGUUGUCACUGCCAGGUUCCAGGGCCUACAGCCCUGGGUCAGCAGAGUAUGAGUUUCCAGACUUUCCAGAAGGUCCUUAGCAAUGUCCCAGAAAUUCACCGUACACUUCUCAGUGUCUUAGGAGGGCCCGGGAUCCAGAUGUCUGGUUCAUCCCUGAAUCCUCUCCCUCCUUCUUGCUCGUAUGGUGGGAGUGGUGGCCAGGGGAAGAUGAGCAAACAGUGGUGUCCCGGAUGAUGCCUGUCAAGGUCCCACCUCCCCUCCGGCUGGUCUCUUGACAGCUGUUUGAUUCUCCAUGACCCCUAUCUAGAUGUAGAGGCAUGGAGUGAGUCAGGGAUUUCCCGAACUUGAGUUUUACCACUCCUCCUAGUGGCUGCCUUAGGGGAAUGGGAAGAACCCAGUGUGGGGGCACCCAUUAGAAUCUUUGCCCGGCUCCCCACAAUGCCCUGGGGUCCCCUAGGGUACCCGCUCCCUCUGUUUAGUCUACCCAGAGAUGCUCCUGAGCUCACCUAGAGGGUAGGGACGGUAGGAUCCAGGUCAACCUCUCCAGGUCAGCACCCUGCCAUGCUGCUGCUCCUCAUUAACAAACCUGCUUGUCUCCUCCUGCGCCCCUUCUCAGUCAGCCAGGGUCUGAGGGGAAGGACCUCCCGUUUCCCCAUCCCGUCAGACAUGGUUGACUGCUUUGCAUUUUGGGCUCUUCUAUCUAUUUUGUAAAAUAAGACAUCCGAUCCAAUAAAACACACGGCUAUGCACA